AUGUCGUCAACUUCGCCGCAUCUACCUGAUCUACGUCAGAAACUCCUAAGCAAAUGUGCUACAGGAAAAUGUGAUGCUGAGUCCUACGAAUUCGCCAAGCAGUUACUCAAUACAGAAGUUGAUGUUUCGUAUUUUAUCGUCAAUUUAAAGCGUUACAUCCGAUUGAAUCAGCAUCAAAACAACUUCUUGAAUAUCAUGAUAGUUGCCAUGUACUUCUUAUCAAAAUACGCUUCUAAUUUGCUAAAUGCUGGCGAUAACACUAUCUGGAGAACAAUCCACUUGUCUAAUAAAGUGUUUCAAGAAAAAGUUUAUCCUAUGCAUGGAGCAACGCAAAUAUUAAGUUUUAUGGGUUACACGGAAAGUACUUCCGGUUCCAUGAAAUUUCCUUCAAAUGUAUUACUGCCUGAUUAUUCAAAAGUGGCGAAAAUUUUAAUGGAUUUGAUUGUAGGCAUGGUCGAAUUAAAGCAAUUAGUUGAUUAUCCGAAUCCUGAUCUACUAACAAAUCAGACAAAAUCGAAAGAAAGUGUAUCUGCCAAUAAAUCUAAAGAAGGUGUACCAAAUGAAUCUCAUCAAAAUUCAUCCGUUACACAAAAGAAUCAAUCUGUUGCGAGUACGCAAUGUUUAUCGAAGCCACCUGUUUUAGCAACAGCUCAAUCUAUCCAGGAUAAACUUAUAAUGGAAAAACUACGUGCUGCUUUUGUUGAUCUUUUACACAUGGAUGAAAGAAUUGAUGUUGGCUUAAAAUUAAUCAAUUUCGGAUAUUCAGAUGAAAUUGCAAUAACAGCCGCCAAGUCCUGCACUGAUAUACAAAGUGCACUAGAUUUUUUAGACCGCCAAUGUGUUAUUUGCUUUGAUACAUUUCCUGCGAAUGAGGUGCUAAAUUUUUCUGUCUGCCGACACGAAUUUUGCAAAGAUUGUUUAUCGAAAUUUAUUGAAUCUACGGUUAAAGAGAAUAGUAUCUUAAAGCUUAAUUGCCCAGUAUGCCAAAUGCCAGAUCUAUCUAUGGCUUCAGGAGAAUAUUUUAGCGUAGUUGACCAAAUGGUUCGAAAUCUGGUUAAAGAUGGAUAUCUAGCGAAAGAAAUAUAUGAAUUAUACGAUAUGAAGCUUAGAGAUUAUAAUCUACAUCAAGAUCCACUAUUUUUAUGGUGUCCUCACUGCUCGAAUGGUUUUGAGAGAGAUCCCUUUUCUCCACUUAAAGUUCAAUGUAAUUUGUGUCUCAAAUUUACAUGUUAUAAAUGCCGUAUCAAGUGGAAUAAACUACAUGAUGACGUAAACUGCGAAGAUUACCGGAAAAGGCUAUCUGAAAAGAAGAAUGAGGAAGAGCUUCUAUCCAUUUUGAAUGAUCUAGAGAAAACUGGAUUGCAAUGUCCUUCUUGUAACUGUAAAUUUGAGCAUGCCAAAGGUGGUUGUAUGCAUAUGACAUGCUCAAAUUGUACGUUUCAGUUCUGUUGCGGAUGUGAGCAUCAAUUUUAUGAAAAUUCGAAGUCGUGCCAAUUUCUGAACUGUCGUAUAGAUGGAUUACAUGCCCACCAUCCGCGUAAUUGCCUGUACUAUUUACGUGAUUGGAGUGUUGAUCGAUUACAAAAGUUGCUAAGGGAAAAUAACAAAGAAUUUGAUACUUCAAUGCCAUCUGAUCACGACGGCAGAUGUCAUAUUAUAGAAUUGAAAGAAAAAGAAGAUAGUGCUACGAUUGAAACGGAAGAGAGAGAGUGUAAUCGGGAAGCUCCAGUAGGAUAUCGAGGUGUUUGCAUGAAGCAUUUUAAAGAAUAUUUGGAUGGCCGUGGCCAUAAUUAA